ACAAAACGUUUGACUUGUUUUGCUUGGUCCGGCAUUUUUAUUUUUCUGCAAUAAUUAAUAAUUUUAAAAACAACUGAAAGGUUUCGAAAGCAAUAAUUGACGUCUAAACACAGCGCGUGUUAAGUUUUAAAGAAUUCUUACAUUUUUUUGAAAUUUUAUUGCCAGUAAUGUCGAAGAAUUCCUCUUCUGGAAGAGACCGUGACCGUGAUAGAGGAGAACGCGAACGAGAUCGUGAUUAUGAAAGAGAACGCGAGAGGGAUCGCGAGCGAAAGCGCCGCUAUUCCCGAAGUAGAUCUCGUUCACCGAAGGAUAGACCAUCUCGCAAUGGAAAAAGAGAUGAAAGAAAACGAGAUCGUGGUGAACGCGAUAUUCGAGAUUUCGACCGUAGGCGUGAUGAAAAGCGUAGAAGACCAUCUCCCACCCAAACAAAGUCAAAGGAAUAUGAGAGGGAAAAAGAGAGACACUUAGAUAGAGAGCGAGAGAGGGAAAAGGAAAAAGAACGUGAAAGAGAUCGUGAACGUGAGAGAGAGCGGCAGAGAGAACUGGAAAGGCAACGCGAAAAAGACCAAGCACAACUGCCAACAAAAUCCCCAACACCAAUGAUAGUCAUAAAUGCUGAUUCAAGCAGUUCAUCUCCUGAGGAGGAAGAAAUAGACAAGGAAGAGGAACAGCGUCGACUAGAACUGGAAAUGAUAAAACGUCGUGAACGUAUUGAACGUUGGCGGGCAGAGAGAAAACUAAAGGAAAUAGAAGCAAAUAAAAAGGACAUAAAAUCUUUAUUGCCCCCUUCUGCAACAGCAGCAGCAAAGAAAUGGAGCUUAGAGGACGAAUCGGAGGAGGAGGACAACAGCAUUACAGUAGAUCUCAGCAAAGAGCCAGAUUCACCGCCUUCCAAGUUCCAUAGAAUCAAAAAGCCCAAAGAGGAUGACGACGACGAAAAAGUCGAUAGAUUGAAGUCUUCCAAGAGCAUUGUAAGUGCGGCCAAAGCUAAAAUUGAAGCCUUACGAGAAGAGGAGGAGCUAAAAGGCGAACAACUGAAAAAGCUACAAAAAGAGGAAGAGGAAGCAAAAAAUGAGGCAAUCAUGGUGAGCGAAGCUGCUAAAGACGAUGACGAAAUUGAUCCAUUAGAUGCCUAUAUGCAAGAGGUUGCCAAAGAAGUGAGGCAAAUCAAUCAUAUCAUAACACAGCCCAAAAAACAACAAGGAGUUGUAAUUCUUACUGGCGCCAAAAAGAAAACCACAGUUAACAAGGACAAAGGAGAACUAAUUGAACAGAAUAUGGAUAGUUUGGAAUAUUCCAGCGAGGAGGAAUUGGAAGAUAUAAAAGAUACUGCUGCCAGCUUAGCUAACAAGCAUCGCAAAGAAUUGGCCAAAAUUGAUCAUUCUGGUGUGGAGUAUGCACCAUUCCGUAAAAAUUUCUACGUGGAAGUGCCAGAGCUAGUUCGUAUGACACAGCAGGAAGUUGAAAAGUAUCGAACCGAAUUGGAAGGUAUACAGGUUAAGGGCAAAGGUUGUCCAAAACCUAUUAAGACAUGGGCUCAAUGCGGUGUCAGCAAAAAAGAAAUGGACAUCUUACGAAAACUUGGUUUCGAAAAACCAACACCUAUACAAUGUCAAGCGAUUCCAGCCAUCAUGUCGGGGCGGGACUUAAUAGGUAUUGCGAAAACAGGCAGUGGCAAGACGCUAGCAUUUAUUUUACCUAUGUUUAGGCAUAUCUUGGAUCAGCCGCAUCUAGAGGAUGGCGAUGGACCUAUUUCAGUUAUAAUGGCUCCCACUCGUGAGUUAUGCAUGCAAAUUGGCAAAGACAUUCGCAAAUUCUCCAAGAGUUUGAAUGUGCGAGUUGUAUGUGUUUAUGGAGGAACUGGUAUCUCGGAGCAAAUAGCUGAACUAAAACGGGGGGCUGAAAUUAUAGUCUGCACCCCAGGGCGUAUGAUUGACAUGCUAGCAGCAAACUCUGGACGAGUCACAAAUUUGCGGCGCGUUACUUAUAUUGUCUUGGAUGAAGCCGAUCGCAUGUUCGACAUGGGUUUCGAACCGCAGGUAAUGCGUAUCAUUGACAAUGUAAGGCCUGAUCGUCAGACAGUAAUGUUUAGUGCAACUUUCCCAAGACAAAUGGAGGCGUUAGCUCGUCGCAUACUGAAGAAGCCCAUAGAAGUAAUUGUAGGUGGACGAUCCAUAGUUUGCAAAGAUGUAGAACAGCACGUUGCCAUUAUGGAAGAUGAAGCCAAAUUCUUUAAACUUUUGGAACUAUUGGGUAUAUAUCAGGAAAAGGGCAGCAUUAUUGUGUUCGUUGACAAACAAGAGAACGCCGAUAUUCUCUUGAAAGACCUAAUGAAAGCCUCAUAUCCCUGUAUGAGCUUACAUGGUGGCAUCGAUCAGUUCGAUCGUGAUUCUACUAUAUUGGAUUUUAAAUCUGGUAAGGUGCGUCUUUUGAUAGCCACCUCUGUGGCAGCUCGAGGUUUAGAUGUCAAAGAUUUGAUACUAGUUGUGAACUAUGAUGUUACAAAUCACUAUGAAGACUACGUACAUAGAUGCGGCCGCACAGGCAGAGCCGGAAAAAAAGGUAGCGCUUGGACUUUCCUUACACCCGAGCAAGGACGAUAUGCUGGUGAUAUUAUACGGGCUUUUGAAUUAUCUGAAACUCCUGUCCCCGAAGAUUUGCAAAAACUUUGGAAUGAUUAUAAGGCGUCGCAGGAAGCAGAGGGAAAGAAAGUCCAUACAGGUGGAGGAUUCAGUGGUAAAGGUUUCAAAUUCGACGAACAAGAAGCCAACGCAGCCAAGGAGAGUAAGAAACUACAAAAAGCAGCUUUGGGCCUAGCUGAUUCCGAUGACGAGGAAGACAUAGAGCAAGAUAUCGAUCAACAAAUUGAGCAACUUUUUGCAGCCAAGAGAACAGUAAAAGAUACCUCAAUGCCCACACCGGCUGUUACAAUGGUAGCCACUACUCCCGCGGCUGGCAGUACAGUCAUUGCUGGUGGAAAUAAUGUCGCAGCCACCACUGCAGUCGGUUCCGACAAACUUGAGUUGGCCAAACGUUUGGCUUCAAAGAUCAGCACCAAUAAGAAUUUGGGUGCUGAUGGCAAGGCAUCCACGCAAGUAGCAGCCGAAGCCAUACUCAAGGGUUCCAAUGCUACACAGCCAAUGAUUACUGCCCGUUCCGUUGUGGAACAGUUGGCUGCCAAACUCAACAAUAAACUUAACUAUCAACCUAAAGAUGACGAAGAAAGUUCCGUUUCCGGGCUACUACCAAAUCAAGCCAAUUCCUUUACAAAAUACGAAGAAGAAUUGGAAAUUAAUGAUUUCCCACAGCAGGCCCGUUGGAAGGUGACCUCGAAAGAAGCCCUAGCCCAAAUUUCUGAAUACUCCGAGGCAGGUCUAACAGUACGUGGAACUUAUGUUCCGAAUGGCAAAAACCCACCAGAAGGUGAGCGAAAAUUAUAUUUGGCCAUUGAAAGCUGCAGUGAGUUAGCAGUGCAAAAGGCAAAACGUGAAAUAACCCGCCUUAUCAAAGAGGAAUUGUUGAAACUUAGUUCAGCGCAUCAUGUGUUCAACAAGGGCAGAUACAAGGUGUUGUAAUUUGUAUCCAGCAGUACGAAUAAUCUUUUUGUAAUUGUUUUUCUUAAACAUAAAUAAGCUAUAGCAAUAUAAGAAAAAUCGUCACGAUUUUACACUAUAUGAAAAACUUGAAUUUCGAAAUGAAAGAAAGAAUAAUAAUGAACGUAAAUAACACUAAACUACAAAUCUGAAAUCUGGUAUCUAUUUCCCCUGGCGUUAUGAAAAAGAAUUUUUCAUUUGUAGGCAAAAAAAAAAAAAAGUAUUUUAUCUCAAGCAAUUAAUUGCAGUACAUUGUUUACACGAGAAACCUAAAUUGUUUCUAAAGGAUAGUGAAUUCAAGAACAUGCCCGACAUCGAAAGGGGAAAAUAUCAUCAAAAACAAAGAAUAUAUUAAAGAAAAGGUUUUUGUUUUUGUCAAGAGGAAAACAGAUUUAUAAAAGUAUGUAUAAAAUUUAUUGUACAAAAUAGUUAAAAUUGUGUGUUCUGGAUUUUUAACGCUUAUAACUUAAAGCUACUGAAAAUAUAUUGCAAUUGUUCAUAACAAUGUGAUGGA